AUGUGGGCGACGGGCUUUCUUCUCUUGCUGCUGCUGUCGUGGCUGUCGCGGCUGUCGCGACGCCGGGCGGCGCGGCUGGAUCCGGCGGGCCGGGCCGUGCUUAUCACCGGCUGCGACAGCGGCUUCGGGCACCUGCUGGCGCUGCGGCUCCACCGUCUCGGCUUCACCGUCUUCGCCGGCUGCCUCUGCCCCGGCGGGGACGGGGGGCGGCGGCUGCAGCGGGAGGCGGCUGCCGGUCCCGGCCGCCUGCGCGUCCUGCGGCUGGAUGUCACCUGCCCCCGCGACGUGCUGGCCGCCAAGGAGCUGGUGCUGCGGCACCUGCCCCAGCCAGGUUUCUGGGGACUUGUCAACAAUGCGGGAGUAUCAACAUUUGGUGAGACAGGGUGGCUGUCUAUGGAGAAAUACGAAAAAAUGGCAGAUGUGAAUCUCCUUGGGAGCAUCAGGAUGACCCUGGCAUUUCUUCCCCUGCUAAGGAAAUACAAGGGACGUAUUGUUUUCAUGUCCAGCAUUGUUGCCUACUUUGCUCUGGGAAAUGGCAUUUAUUCUAUGACCAAGGCAGCUAUUGAAAAAUUUUGUGAUGCUCUGAGACUGGAAAUGAAAAAGUUUGGUGUCCAGGUCUCUAUUAUUCAGCCUGGAAAUUAUGCACGCUCUACAAAAAUUCAGCCACCAGUCAGUGCCGAAGAGAUCUGGAAUGAGCUCAGUGAAGAGGAAAAGGCAGUUUACAAUAAGGAGUAUGUUCAAGAGCGGGCAAACUUUUUCAACAGCAUUCUCAGGGAAGGAAGCACUAACGGUGAUGAGGUUGUAGAUGCUAUGGUAGAUGCUUUAACAUCUCCUGCACCCAAGGCACGUUACAUGGUAGCAAAGCUGAAGGAGAAAGCACUGGUGUUUGUGUGUGCUUCAUUUCCAACUGUUGUGAUGGAUUCUGUUUUGUCUUACGUCCUGAGUAAAGUAAAACUUGCAUAGCCUACAGUGCUACACCCUUAGGUCUCCCUACUCAGAACUGUCACCUUUUCAUAGGGAAUAACAAAGCCUCAUAUAAAAUUAACACAUUUUUUCUAGGUAACUUUAAUUCUCCCAUGUGGAAAAAAAAAGUAUGUCUACUUACACUGCUUUAGGUAUUGCCUAGAAAAAUGUAAUGCUGCUUCUUCUAAAGCAAUACAGGUUACUGUGUUACAGACAUGGCAGAUAUAAAAUGGAGCAUAUCCUACAGGGCAACUGCACACCUGAAAUCAUUACAGCAGACAUGAAAAUACCUUACUUGUAGGAACCCGAAUAGUAAUUUAUUAGGGGUGAUGGGAAGAGGUUAAUGGAAAAGUUAGGAAUCAGCAAUAAACCUUGAAAUACUUUGAAUGGAAUUAAGUGGCUAUAGAAAGUUAGGAAGAGUCAAAUAAUAAAGUUGUAAUGUGGAAACAAUGUCGGAGCUAACUACAGGUGUUCUGAAUAAAUUUGUUACAAAGUGAGUAUGUC